CCAUAGUCAAGACACGGCAACAACAACAGCGGCACCUCCUCCGCCUGUGUUCCCAUUCCCCAACAAUACACUUUAAACCGAGCAAAGCCAGGUGCACGACCAAGUCCCUGCCAUCACUGGCGCCUCCAGUCUCAAUGGGAAAAAACCUUUUUUCUUCUUAUCCCUAAACAAGGACGAGAAUGUGAUUAAAAAGGGGGGAAAAUGCCAAGGAGGAAGCAGGAGCAACCCAAGCGCCUGCCUUCACAUGUGGACAGCAAUGAGGAGGGAGGGCCUGAUGGUGGUCCUGUGGAGGAGGAAAGCUGGUUUGGGAACGCCUCUGACACUCGUUCGGAGUCGUCAUCGUAUGGUGACGCUCAAGACGAGCUCCUCCUACCCCGAGGCUCCUCCCCUGAUGAGCGGCCUGGAGUCACCACAGGUUCUGGGGACCAUGAUACCUCUGGAGGCGAGAGUUCAUUGGGAUGCCCCACACCUGUCCACCGUGCCUCUCUGGAGCUCCUUGGACUGGAUGGAGGUGCAUUCUCGGCCCAGGACACACUCUCCUCAGUGGUAUCAUCGCUGUACGGUGAGGCAGCCUCUCGUGCCCUGGGGAAGCCUCUUAGUAGCAACUUACGGCGCCUCCUAGAGGCUGGGUCACUUAAACUUGAUGCUGGGGAUCUCCUGAGCCGGUCAUCAAGGGGAGGUGCUGGAGGAGAGUCUCCUCCUAUAGGUCUAGCCCCACCCCUGACCCUUUCCCCGUCUUCCCAUCAUGCCCAGCAGCUAAGUGCUCUUGCCCGAAAAUUGGCUAAUAACAACAACAGCAGCUCAGCCUCGGCAUCACCGGCCUCCUUGGCACCCUCAGUCACCAACAUCAAGCAAGAGCCCCUUGACCCCUUCUCCUCUGUCACCCCUAGCAACGGCAGUGGCUUCGUAUGGGUGGGUGUCGCAGACAAGUGGCCACCGGCCGGCUGCUCAGCACCCUGCGGCUCUAGCCUGUCUCCGGACUCUGCCAUCCAGAAGCUAAAAGCGGCAGCAAAUGCUGUACUUCAAGACAAGAAUGCAGUUGCCUCUUCCUCAUCAACAUCUUCUUCAUCCUCCUCCACCUCUGCCUCCUCCACAGUGUCCACUCUAGGGGGAGGUGGUCGAGGAGAAGAUGUGGUGCGCUUUGAUGCCUUCACCUCCCCGUUCAGCCCUCAGUCGGCAAGCUCCACCCUCGCAGCACUUUCAAAGAAAGUCAGCGAACGGAGUCAAGCCUCAUCGACAGCCAGUGCUUCUAAUGACCACCAGGCUCCAGCCAGUUCCUUCCUCUCACUUGUGUCAAUGACCUCCUCGGCAGCCUUGCUCAAAGAGGUGGCAGCCAGAGCAGCAGGUAACCUGAUAGCAGAGAAGAAGGAGGGAUCCCCCCUGGCCAGUGCUGGGGUCCUCCAGGAGGAUGUGAAGCCUCUUCUGGACAGGAACCAGAAGGCCCCCACGCCAUCUACACCCAACCAGGGUCUAGAGUUGUUGCUGCCCUCCACCCCAAAGGGCAGAGGCAAACCUAGCAGCCAAGCAGGCUCUCCUGAGGAUGGUGGCAAGCCGUUCCAGUGUCCUGUAUGCGGACUGGUCAUCAAACGCAAGAGCUACUGGAAGAGACACAUGGUGAUCCACACAGGCUUGAAAAGCCACCAGUGUCCCCUGUGUCCCUUCCGCUGUGCUCGCAAAGACAAUCUCAAGUCCCACAUGAAGGUCCAUCAGCACCAGGACCGGGGCGAAACGUUCCAGUGUGAACUUUGCCCUUUCACCUCCUCCCGCCACUUCAGCCUGAAGCUUCACAUGCGCUGCCACCAGCACUUCCCCCGCACAGACGUCAAGGUGAAAGAGGAGGCCACCACCGACACUGAGGGUGAGGGCUCCCUGAUGGGUGACAGCGGCCCUGCGGACCUGAGGGGGUCUGAAGUGUCCCCCUUGCACUCAGACGCUAGGCAGCAGACAUCCCCGCCAGUUGAGCCUUCCUCAAACCACGUUCACGUCAAGGAGGAGCCGCAAGAGAGGGACCUGGCAGUGCUCUCUCCCUUUACCAUGUGCAGGGAGCGCCCCAGCAGCAGUGCCAACUCUCUGGAGCUCUCUGGGGUUGGGGUAGGAGUGGGGGUUAGGUCCAGUCCGAGUGGUCCAACCACAGCCUCCCUCUUCAGCCCCGAUAUCACCACGAAGACAGCCACUGACCUGCUUAUGAAGCUGUCAGCGGCCAACCAGAGAGAGACACUGAAGUCCCCAUUCCACCUGAAGGAGGAGCCCAAGGCAGAAGAACCCCUAAGCCCCAGACCUGCCUCACAGUCCCAGAGUCAGGCCCAGCCAAGCUUCCCUACUGCUUUCUGCCAGGAUGGGCAAACAGGGGCUGCAGGAGCAGCAGAGCGCCCAGGGGCCCACAAACCAAGGGAGGGAAGCCCCAUGGCCAAGAACAGCUUGCUGAGCCAGGAUAUCAACGUUAAGGUGGCAUCUGAGCUGCUGAUUAAGCUUUCAGAGAACAACAAAGACGCCCAGUACCAGAAGGUGACCGUGAAGGCAGAGCCUAUGGAGGUGGACCCACUUCCCACAGAACUAGCCCCACCUGCCUCUCACCUGCUGGCCUUCAGCACUUUAGGGGCGAGUGAGAAGAGCGAGCCAAUGGCCAACCUGCCUGAGACGUUGGCCCGCCCCCAGAAAGACCUCUUCUCUCAGGACAUAUCAGUCAAAAUGGCCUCCGAACUCCUGUUCAAAUUGUCAGAAAAGGUCAGCAAAGCCAAUGACCACAAAGACAGUAACAUGGUUGGAAUAAACAGUCCGUUCCUGGAUGAGCGCUUCAGACAAUCACCCUUUAAUUCGCGCUCCAAGAGCUCUUCCCCUGCAGAGGCCAGCUCCUCUGCCAGGGCAGUCUUCCAUGACUCGGAAAAGGGUGGCGGGGAGCCGGGAAACGGGAUUGCCCAGUGGAGACUGAAUGAACAGCUCUACCCCUGUCCUGUCUGCGGCAAGGUGUUUGGUAGACAGCAGACCCUUUCCAGACAUCUGUCUCUACACACAGAGGAGAGGAAGUACAAGUGUCACCUGUGUCCUUAUGCAGCCAAGUGCAGGGCUAACCUCAAUCAGCACCUGACCAUCCAUUCUGUCAAGCUGGUCAACACAGACGCAGACCAGAUCGUCACUGCAGUUACCACCGACUCUGUGGAGCGCAAGAACUGCCCCUACUACUACAGCUGCCAUGUGUGUGGUUUCCAGACGGAGCUGAACGCCCAGUUCGUCAGCCACAUGUCGCUCCAUGUGGACAAGGAGCAGUGGAUGUUCUCACUCUGCUGCAGUGUCUGUGACUACGUCUGUGUGGAGGAGAGCGACAUGAAGAACCACGUCAGUACUGGACACGCAGGUCUGAACUCACGGAGUCCCCUAAGUGAGACAAAGAGCACCUCCUCCUCUCUCUCAGCUCUCAGCGAUUCACUCAACAGCUCCGAGAGUGGAGACCUCACCCACGGUAACGAAGAACUCAAGAGCCUGCUAGCCCCGUCCUCCUCUGCAGGCAGCCAAUCCAGCUCCGGAAGCCACUCGGGAUCAGGAACUGAGGAAAAGCCUGAUAAAGGCUUUGAGUGUGUCUUCUGCAACUUUGUGUGCAAGACGCGUAGCAUGUACGAGCGGCACCUGCAGAUCCACCUCAUCACACGCAUGUUUGAGUGCGACGUCUGCCACAAGUUCCUCAAGACGCCUGAGCAGCUGCUGGAGCACAAGAAGUGCCACACCGUCCCCUCCGGAGGGCUCAAGUGCCCUUUCUGCAUCUAUUCCACCAAUCGUCCAGCGGCCAUGGAGUGCCACCUGAAGACGCACUGUAAGAUGGAGUACCGCUGCCGCAUCUGCCAGGCACUGUGGCCCGACCAGGCGUCACUGGAGGCGCACAUGCGCGGCCACCGCCUGGGCAACCACUACAAGUGUGAGCAGUGCGGCUACCUGUCCAAGACGGCCAAUAAGCUGAUCGAGCAUAUGCGUGUGCACACCGGCGAGCGGCCCUUCCACUGUGACCGCUGCUCUUAUAGCUGCAAGCGCAAGGACAACCUCAACCUGCACAAGAAGCUGAAGCACGCGCCGCGCCAGACUUUCGGCUGCCAAGAGUGCCCUUUCACCACCACACACCCCUUUGUCUUCAGCCGCCACCUCAAGAAACACCAGGGUGGAGGGGCAGGGGGACUGGGUGGAGGCGGAGGAGGAGGAGGAGGAGGAGAAGAGGAGGAUGAAGAGGCCGGAGAGGAGGAGCUGCCACUAGAGGGCACGUCACCAAGGGGGUCGUUGACAAGGAAGAGCCAGGAGCCCUUCCUGUUGGGCGGAGGAGGUGGGGGGAGCAGCGGAGGGAGCGGCAGCAGCAGCCCCCUCAUGAGUCUAACAGCCUCCCAGGCCCUGCAGUCGGUCGCCUUGUCACUCACACUGGGCAAGUCUCAUCAACUGGAAGCCACGCCCCCUGCUGCUCAGCACUGCUUGGUGAGUGCUAACGGCGGCAACGCCACCAGAAGCCUCGGCGGUCUGAGCGGCGGCAGCCCCUCCCUCUUCUUCCCCUCCUCCCACCACAUCUACGAGCAGUACAGGAACUGUGAACGGGCACACCUGAUCCCCCUCACCACCCUGUUCACCCACAACAGCCGCUUCACAUUCCACUCGCACGCCCGAUCACCCCACUCCAGAUGCCGGCCCACCACGUCCCCUUUCCUCUUCUCCUCCAACUCCUUGUCCCCUUCUCACUCUCCUCCCUCACCCACCUCCCACAAACACUCCUUCCUGGCCUACCUGGGACUGAUGGAGAGGGCCAAGACUGUUUGACCUCACCCACUUCUUUUCCUCUUCUCCUCGCUCUUUCCCUCACUCCUCGGACAGUGGCGUGAAUGACACUAACCCACUGCAGUGGGAGCAACUUCUUUUCCAAUCAGACCAGCAGAAUAAGCUGGACCAGACACAGACUUACAGAAGAAAAAAAAACAUUUAUGAGAAAAAGGCUGUACGUGCUAAAAAUGCAUUUAUAUCAAAAAGCUGCUUUUCUUAUCAGUUCUAUCAAUUGAAUUAUUACUACUACUACUCUCUCUCUUAUCCUUUUUUUCUGUUUUUAAACUUCUGAAUGACCUGGACCCAGUUGCAUUAUCUGAGGAAAAUAACGUAUCUCAAUUUUAUAGAUAUUUUUCUUUAGUUGUUUGACAAGAUAAAAGUUGAAAAAGAAGAAACAAAACUUGCAAGUGCUACAUUUUAGUGCAUUUUUGUCUAUUGCUAUUAUGCAUCAAAAUAGCAUGCCUGUUUCUGUGUUUCAACUAGCUUUGACGUCAUUAGGAAGCUAAUUCGAAAUAUCCUGAAGUGUUAGCGGCGCAAUGUGGACAGAACCAAUGAAACGGGAUGCUUUUCUUUGAAAAAGGCACGUUUCCAAAGCAACGCCUCAAACCACGCACUUACUUAUUUAUCAAUCUUGUACAUAGUUUUGUAGCCCUCCCCCUUCCCACCACUUUGAGUUCUGUUGGUUUUGUAUAAUGGUGAAACCAUAUGCAUAGUUGCUGCCUGAUAUCACCUCUGUCUCAGAAUAGAUGUCGGCUGUCGUUAACAAAUGUCAUUUUAAAGACUAUUAGUCGGUGUGGAUGGCAUUUCCUCUUAUUCUCAAAUCUGCACUCAUCCUGAUUCUGUGUAUUUGGGAGGAACUGUCUUUUAUUAACUCUUGCAAAAAAGAAAAUUAGCUAUAAUAAUCUAAAUAAAGAAAAUACUCAGUCUGGCCUUUCAUACAACAGACAAGAAGCGUUAGACAUACAUUUAUCACUAAUUAUUCCAUUUGAGAUUAUUAUACUAAAAUGUAAGCAAUGUGUUUGCACUCCGAGGUGAGCGGCCAUUUGAAAUUCCACCACAACAUUCAUUCACUUAUUUCUGAGACCAGGUGAGUAUCAGGCUAGCACUGUAUGCAGAACUAUGUAUUGCGCACCUAUACUUAGAAGAGAUAUAUGAGAUAACAUGUUUUGUGGAGGUGACCAGCUCUGGGUUAGCUAUGUGCCCACAGCUCACAGUCACCACAGGCCGAUUCAAUGGUGCUUUUUGGAGCUUUUUGUAAUUUUUGUGUAAAAAAAAAAGAAAAAAAAACUGUUCCAAAAUGACUUGAAUGAAUGUAUUUUUGUUUAUGUACAUGAGAAAGUGAUACAGAAGUGUAACAGGGAGGUCUUCUGUGCUGGUAAAGAGAGAAAAACGGUGUGUUUGGUGGCCUUCUGUGUCUGUUUAUUUUUAUUUUAUUUUAGACUUUUUUAUUUUAGAUUUUUUUUUUUUUUUUUUUUUUUACUGAGCCUUUUACAUCAUAAUAAAAUAUUUUCUACUAACAUUCAUAGAGAACCCAUUGUGAGAAAAGCUCCUGUAGGUGCAAUGAAGAAGCAAGCCAUUCACUUGUACAGGAUUGUGUUCGAUGGCAUGGCUUCUGUUAGGCCGGCAGACAUGGUACUGCUUUCUAUUCCCCUCCUCUCAACCUUUUGAGUUUUAAUUGCACUUAAUAUAGUUACAUUUCAAGCCAAAAGCACUUAGAUCCUCUGUUUUCCUUUUUAAAAGUGCAAACUUAGAUCUAUCAAGUCAACGUAAUAUGAAAUAGUAGCUUGUUUGCUGGAAAUGAGUCAAUCAAACCCCAUAGUUCCGUGUGUAGGCAUUUCUGGUGGUGCAAGGGUCUGCCUCUGUGAAAUUGGAGAAAGUAAAUGAAUACAAAUUGCAUGAAUUAGACAGUAGAGGUCAAGCUCUUCCUGGGAGCUAAAGGUCCCAGGCUAAAUUGUUAUAGCCAAUUUUGCACAGUGCUGCACUUUUGAUUAUGAGAAUAUGUAUUUAUCCAUACAAGUCUAAAAUGCUCAAAAAGAAGUAUGUUUGCAAGAUAGGGCAGCAUAGUACAAGCAUUUUUUGUUUUGAAAAAGCUUUACCCGCGACUGACAGUGCUUGUGUUCCUAAGUGGUCUUCAAGCCAAAAUGGUUUCUUAUUUGUAAAGGGAUUGUUUUUAUUUUUCCUCAACUUUUAUAUUUUCCUCACCUGUUUGUGUCUGUUUUACUUAUUACAUUUUUCUUAUUUGUUGUUGGAUGUGUUUUUUUUUUUUAUUUUUCUACUUAAAUCAUGUCAGAAAUGUUGAUUGGACAGAGAACAUGCAUUGUCAAGACCAAAAUGUAACUUAAGGCAGGAUGUGAUGUUAGGAUUGAAUCCGUCAUGCCCUGCUCAGGAGUAAUGCCUAGAUUGUCUCCCCUACACUGGUGUUUGUUUGUUCCUUUUUGCUCUGUCAACGUCUGGCAUGCUGUCUCUGGAGCAAAAGGAGCAUCUCUCCAAACACACACACACACACACACACCCAGUGAACUGAGCUCCUUGUACUAUCUACGUUAUCUUUUAUACUCUAGUGCCACUUGGUGGAAGGAAACCACCUGAGACUUCUGAGAAUGAGUCAAACUAAUUGUCAGGGUCCAAACAAGAAGAUAAAAAGAAAUAGAAAAAAAAAAGAAUGUGUCCACUCUGAUACCUUUUCAACUGUCUGCCUUUUAAUACUGCAUAAUCAUUAUGUAAUCAAGAAUGGCUGCACUUCCUUAAUUCCCCUUUACUUCGAGUUCAGUGUUUGAAAAGGCAACAGGGCUCUAUCCUUUUGAAAACCAGUAUUUCUAAGCACUUAUUUCUGUGUUUAUUUUGCCUAAUUGUAAGCAGCACAGUGACUUUUAUUUUAUUUUUUAUUAUUAUUUUUUUUUUUACAUUAAAGCUUGACUUUCAGCACUUCAGAGUAUGCAUGACAUUGCCCUCUCUCUUUCUCUCUAAUUCCUAGCACUUGAUUGUUUUUAUUCUGAACUAACUCCCUUGGUUGCAUUUAGUUGUUAGCAUCACACUGCACAGUCUACAAUCAGCUUUAAGUUUGGCUGUAUUUUAUGAUUAGAAAAGGCUCAACUCUAUCUUUUAUCUUUUUUGGCACUCAGUAAAAAAAUUGGUAUGUGCUGUAUAAAGCUUUUUUUUAUUACUCCAUUGUUAAGGCUGUACAGGGUUGUGACGAUAACUGGUAAAUAGAUCAUUUGUACUUUUUUGGUUUUGUAUUUGUUUUCUUUGUUUGGCAUUAUUUUAUGUUCAACUUGCCAGAUCUAAAUGUAACAGGAUUUGAAAGUAAAGCUUACAUCAGAUAUUA